GAGAAGAAGGAGAAGGAGGGGGAAGGCAGGCAGGCAGGCGGAGAAGGCGGAGCGGCGGAGGAGGGAAAAGAGGGAGGGAAAAAGGGAAAGGAGGGAUCCGAGACGAAGGAAGAGAAGGAGAAGGAAGGAAGCAAGCCGCGCGGAGGGUUGGCGCGCGUGGCCCGGCCGGAGGAGCGGGCCGCCCCCGUCGCCGUCCCCGCGACCCACGCACCCGCCCCCGCAUGAGCGCCAAGGCGCGGAUUCGCCCUUCGGAUGCCGCCGCGUCGCCUCCUGCGCCGGGAAGGGAUCCGGGCGCCGCGCUGAGCCCGUCCCCUCCCGCCGCCGCCCGAGUGCUAUGACUGGGAAACUGGUGGAGAAGCUGCCGGGGACCAUGAACGCGCUGCUGAGCCAGCUGCCCGACGCGCUCUACCCGGAGGAGAUCCCCAGCUCGCUCCACCUCUUCUCCGAGGCCGCCGCGGCCCAUUACAACCCCCAGAUGGCGGCAGAGAACGUGAUGGACCUGGGCCUGGGCGGCGAGAAGGGCGGCGGAGGCGGCGGCGAGCUGCCCCCGUCCUCGGCGGGCUCCUACUCGGGCUCCUUCCAGGCCGCGCCGGGGGCCAAGCAGACGGUGACCUACUUGGGCAAGUUCGCCUUCGACUCGCCGUCCAACUGGUGCCAGGACAACAUCAUCAGCCUCAUGAGCGCCGGCAUCCUGGGCGUCCCCCCGCCCCACCCUCCCCCGCCGUCGUCGUCGUCGUCCUCGUCGCAGACCCCUUCCUCGUCGUCUUCCUCCGUGUCCGUGGCGCAGGGCGAGGUGGAGGGCCUGUACGCGGCUCUGCCUCCGCCUCCGUACGCGCCGGGCUGCGGGGAGAUGUACCCGGGCGAGGCGGGGCCUUUCCACGACCCGCAGCCCUACCCGCACCCUUCCGCUCAGGACUACGCGGCGCCCAAGGCCAACAACGGCGGAGGAGGAGGUGGCGGUGGUUUAGACGGCGGGCUCUUCCCGAUGAUCCCGGACUAUGGGCUUUACCACGGACACCCCGGAGACAUGGGCGGCGGGGCGGGCGGGCUCCCGGAGCACAAACCCUUCCUGGAGCCGCUCCGCGUCAACCCGCCGCCGAUCACGCCGCUCGAGACGAUCAAGGCCUUUAAGGAUAAGCAGAUGCCGCCGCCGCCGCCGGGCUUCGUGGGAGGGGGCGGGCUGGCGCACCCGCCGCCGCUGACGCUGAAGCCCAUCCGGCCGCGGAAGUACCCCAACCGGCCCAGCAAGACGCCCCUCCACGAGCGGCCCCACGCGUGCCCGGCCGAGGGCUGCGACCGGCGCUUCUCGCGCUCCGACGAGCUGACGCGGCACCUGCGGAUCCACACGGGGCACAAGCCCUUCCAGUGCCGCAUCUGCAUGCGCAGCUUCAGCCGCAGCGACCACCUCACCACCCACAUCCGCACCCACACCGGCGAGAAGCCCUUCGCCUGCGAGUUCUGCGGGAGGAAGUUCGCCCGGAGCGACGAGCGCAAGCGCCACGCCAAGAUCCACCUCAAGCAGAAGGACAAGAAGGCCGACAAGGCGGCGGCGGACAAAGCGGGGGGCGCGGGAGGGGGGCACGGGCACGCCACGACCGCCUCCGCCGCCGCCUCCUCCUCCGCCAUCCCCGGAAUGCCCCCCACGGUCACGACUUGCGCCUGACGCCACGGGGCCGCCUCCGGGGGGCGAGGAAGGGGAGGAGGAGGAGGAGAGGCUCCCUUCAAGGAGGAGGAGGAGGACGGCCCUUGGCAUCUCUGGGGGGCGGGGGGCUUCGAGGGAGGGGGCUUCCCCCACCAGGAUCAAGCCUGGGGGGCGGGACCGUGGGAGCCUUGCCCGUGGAGACCCUGAGGGACCAGGAAAGGGGGGGAAAGGGGAAAGAAGGAAGGAAGGAAGGAAGGGUGGGUCCCACUGGAAACGCAGGAGGAAAGGGAAGAAAGAGUGUGUUCUUGACGCUCCAGCUGUGGGGUCUCUUGUUGGUCCUCUCCACGCAACUACAGUAGAGUCUCACUUAUCCAACGUUGGACUGUUUGAGUGUUAAGCUCAAAUGACCCUCUUUGUGAGGUACAUUCCCAGGAAAACAGCAGAGUGUGUGGAAACAUCCCUUCCAAAAACAGCAGAGCGAGUUUAGGAAAUAAUAAUAAUAAUAAUAAAACUUUAUUUAUACCCCGCCACCAUCUCCCCGCGGGGACUCGGGGCGGCUUACAUGGGGCAGAGGCCCAAACAACAUAGAACAGAACAUAAACAACACAAUACAAAGCACACCAUAAAAAGAUAAAACAGUAAUACAACAUAUCAAUCAAAACAAAAAUACAGGAUAAAAAAUUGCAUUUAAAACACAUAAAUGGUAAAAUUGCAAUCAAAACGGGAUAGAAAGGAAAGCCUUUGUCUUCUGGAUGGCAAAGGAUGGCAAAGUCAGCUUAAAAGUUUACCGUGUUUCCCCGAAAAUAAGACAGUGUCUUAUAUUAAUUUUUGCUCCCAAAGAUGUGCUAGGUCUUAUUUUCAGGGGAUGUCUUAUUUUUCCAUGAAGAAUUCACAUGUAUUGUUGAACAAAAAAGAACAUUUAUUAUAUACUGUACAGUAGUUGUCAUCACAAACCAACAUAACCAGACAAACUCUGAAUCCUAUCAAGAAUUUCUUGUUACUACCAUUAUUUCCAUGUACAACUGAUAUGUACAUUUACCAAUCCUGCAUGCUCUGGUGUUCUGUUUGGCAGAGGCUGAGUAUGUUUCCAAACAAAAACAUUACUAGGUCUUACUUUCGGGGAAAGCCUUAUAUUUCAAUUCAGCAAAACUUCUACUAGGUCUUAUUUUUCGGGGAUGUCUUAUUUUCGGGGAAACAGGGUAAAAGCAUUUAUUGAGGUAAAAGAAAUCCAUUGAUGGAUAGAAAAGGUUUGGAGCUAACUAGCUUAUCUAUGCUGGUCUAAGACAGGUAGGUAAAGGUUUCCCCAAGUCCAGUCAUGUCUGACUCUGGGGGUUGGUGCUCAUCUCCAUUUCUAAGCCGAAGAGCCGGCGUUGUCCGUAGACACCUCCAAGGUCAUUGGCCGGCAUGACUGCAUGGAGCGCCAUUACCUUCCCGUACCUAUUGAUCUACUCACAUUGGCAUGUUUUUGAACUGCUAGGUUGGCAGGAGCUGGGGUUAACAGCGGACGCUCAUUCCACUCCCGGGAUUUGAACCUGGGACCUUUUGGUCCACAAGUUCAGCAGCUCAGCGCUUUAACUCACUGUGCCACCAGGGGUCCCUUAAGACAGGUAGGCGGAUUAAAAUAAUAAAGAAAUCUAGAUAGCUACAUUUUGCCUGCGAGAGGAGGCAAAAAUGCAUCUUCUUGGUGAAACAAUGGAGGAAGGAUUCUUCAGAAUGGCGACCACUGCAUGGGAUGUGCCUUUUUUCUCUAGGGCCAUAAAAAUUCCAAACUGAAUUGAGGAAGUUACAUCAAUCCCUAGGAGAGAUCACAUUUCUAAGUCAACAAGUGAAUGGGUGGAUCUAAACAGAACAGGAAGAAGGAAGAAACAGUAAAGCCUGUCUGGCAUGCAUGGGAUAUAGAGAGGUGUCCCUCAGUCUAUUUCUAUGCUUAUUAUCUAAUGAGACUUGAGCAGUGCAGGAUGACAUCUCUAACGUGGAUCAGUGAAUAUGUUGGAUAAUAAGGAGAGAUUAAGGAUAGGUUAUGAUUUUACAAAUUAAGCACCAAAACAUGUUAUACAAUAAAUUUGACAGAAAAAGUAGUUCAUUACACAUUACAGUGUUCCCUCACUACUUCGCAGUUCACUUUUCGCGGAUUCGCUGUUUCGCAGUUUUUCUAUAACUCUAAAAGACUAUUAUAAAUCAUAAAAAAUUACAAUUUACAGCCUAAGGAAAGGAGGGAGAAACUGAAGGGAGAGAAAAGGAGCCCAAGCGGCAACAGGAGAAGAAGGUGAUUUAUCAACACACAAUUGGUUGAUAAAGACUGAAAAUAGUAUAUGACUACUAAAAUAAUGUAUAAAUAUUAAAAUAAAUAUAGUGUCCCUACUUCGCGGAUUUUCACUUAUUGCGGGUAGUCCUGGAACCUAACCCCAGCAAUAAGUGAGGGAACACUGUAAUGCUAUGUAGUAAUUACUGUAUUUACGAAUUUAGCACCAAAAUAUCACGAUGUAUUGAAAGCAUUGACUACAAAAAUGCGUUGGAUAAUCCAGAACGUUGGAUAAGUGAGACUCUACUGUACUCUGCUCUGUGUUGUUGGCCCUCCCCUCCUCUUCACACUCCUCUUCCCCUCUCGCUGGUGGUGUUGACCCUUUUCUUCUUCUUCUUCUUCUUCUUCUUCUUCUUCUUCUUCUUCUUCUUCUUCUUCUUCUUCUUCUUCACACUCUUCUUCUUCUUCCCCCUGCUGUGUGUUUGUGACCCUCUCCUCUCCUGGAAGGGCCUCCACUCCAGUCCACACAACUGCUCCGCUCUGUGUCUUUUUUGGCCUUCUCUUCUUCUUCCCCAGAAGCGGAAAGAUCUCUCCCCCCCCCCCAUUCCAUCCUUCCCGGAGGCUGCAGGCAGCUUCCUGGCCUUUCUCUUUCUCUCGAGGAAGUAAGACCCUAUAGCAGAUAUAGGCAAACCCAUCUUAUUAUCUCAGAGAAGGAAGACCCUAUAGCAGGUAUGGGCAAACCCAGGCUCAGAUGCGGCCCUUGGGCUCUUUUCUCAGGCCCUUCUCUCUCUCAUCUUCCUAUCCUUGCUUUUUCUCUUUCCGUCCUCCUUGCCUCCCCCUUCCCUUCCUUACUUCCCUCUUUCUUCCUCCCUCCUUCCCUUCCAGCCUUUCAUCCUUCUUCCCCUCUUUCCUCCCCUCUCCCUCUUUUUCCUUCCUUCCUUCCUUCCUUCCUUCCUUCCUUCCUUCCCUUCCACCCUUUCAUCCUUCCUCCCUCCCCUCUUUCCUUCCUCCUUCCCUCUCUCCAUUUCUCCCUUCUUAAGUCCCUUUUGUCUUUCCUUCCAUCUCCCUUCCCACCCUCCAUUCUCCUCCACCCUUCUUUCCUUCCAUUCUUCUCUUUCUCCCUUCCUCCCUCCUUCCCUCCAUUCUUUUCCACUCUUCUUUCCUUGCAUUUUCUCUUCCUUCUUCCUUCCUUCUCUCUUUCCUUCCUCCUUCCCUCCAUCCCUUCCUUACCUCCCUCUUUCUCCUUCCAUCCUUCCUUCCCCUUUCCUCUCUCCUUCCCCCUCUCUUUCUCCUUCCUUCCUUCCUUCCUUCCUUCCUUCCUUCCUUCCUUCCUUCCUUCCUUCCUUCUUACCCUUUUGUCUUCCCUUCCUUCUCUCUUUCCUCCCUUCCCUUCAUUCUCUUCCACCCUUUCCUCCUUCCUUUCCUCUUUCCUUCCUCCUUCCCUCCCUCCAUUUCUCCUUUCUUACUUCCCUUUUGUCUUUCCUUCCAUCUCCCUUCCCACCCUCCAUUCUCCUUCACUCUUCUUUCCUUCCGUCCUUCUUUUUCUUCCCACUUUCCCCCAUCCCUCCAUUCCCUUCCACUCUUCCUUCCUUCCAUUUUCUCCUCCUCCUUCCUUCACUCUUUUCUUCCUCCUUUCAUCCCUCCUUCCUCUCUUUCUCCUUCUUUCUUUCCCCUUUGUCUUCCCUUCCUUCUCUCUUUCCUCCCUUCCCUUCCCUCCAUUCUCUUCCACUCUUCCUUCCUUCUCUUUUCCCUUCCUCCUUCCCUCCAUUCCUUCCUUACCUCCCCCUUUCUCCUUCCAUCCUUCCUUCCUCUCUUUCUCCUUCCUUCCUUCCCUUUUGUCUUCCCUUCCUUCUCUCUUUCCUCCCUUCCCUUCACACCAUUCUCUUCCACUCUUCCUUCCUUCUCUUUUCUCUUCCUCCUUUCCUCCAUCCCUUCCUUACCUCCCCCUUUCUCCUUCCAUCCUUCCUUCUCUUCCAUCCUUCCUUCCUCUCUUUCUCCUUCCUUCCUUCCCUUUUGUCUUCCCUUCCUUCUCUCUUCCACUCUUCCUUCCUUCUCUUUUCCCUUCCUCCUUUCUUCCUUUAGAGUGGCCUAGGCUGCCUGGGAAUGUGGUGGAGUCUCCUUCUCUGGAGGCUUUAUGUCUCUCGGGAGUGCUUUGAUUGUGCCUUCCUGGAUGGCAGGGGAUUGGACUGGAUGGCCCUUAGGGAUCUCUUCCAGUUUUAGGAUUCUAUAUCAAAAGCAGGCAAUACAGGGUCUCAUGGAGACACUUUUUCUCUCCUAUUCACCAUUUCAUCCUGAUCAAGACCUAAAUGUUUCCUGUCCGACAUGAGAAAGUUUGCCCAUGCCUGUCCUAUAGUUUCUUGCUUCUCCUUCCCCUUUCUUCUCAUUGGAAAGGGUUCAUUUUCCUCUCAAAGUGGGGCGGUGGGGGGUUUGCUAGGGAUGGUAUUUCCUUCAGAGAACUCAGGAUCUCAUGGAUGGAAAUUUGCCGGCCUCCCCGAUCACCCCAGUGGGCAGCUGAUUGAAUGUAAAUGUGGGACUGCACAAGGCUUCCUUUCACCUCUUGACUCGAGACCAGGCCUGGGCCAACUUUGGCCCUCCAGGUGUUUUGGACUUCAACUCUCACCAUUCCUAACAGCCGGUAGGCUGUUAGGAAUGGUGAGAGUUGAAGUCCAAAACACCUGGAGGGCCAAAGUUGGCCCAGGCCUGGGAAACAGUCCCAUCUGCAAAGGUUUCAAUUGAGAUCCCAGACUUUGUAAAUGGGAUGCUUGACCUCAAAAGGCCCUUUUCCCCUCCCAACCUCAAAGCCACAAGCCUGUUGGGUUGCCAUCCCCAUCACCCCCAGAUUCACUGUAUAUCCAUGGAUUCAACAACAGCGACCAUAAGGCUGGUGCGGCCCUCGCCUUAAAGCAUAUAGGGAUUGGGGAGUGUUGGGGGGUGUUAUGGGGGGAAGCAGAGACUGCAAGCUGCCCUCCUUUCCAGCACCGCUUGACUUGAAUGUACUUCUGAAUGGCUUGGAAGAGGAAGGGGAGCUGAUGCCAGGUUUGUUUGUUGCUUAUGCAGCCCUCUUUUUAAAAAAAAUAUAUACUUUGUUGUGGAAGGCUUUCAAUGGCCAGAAUCACUGGCUUGCUGUGAGUUUCUCAAGCUGUAUGGCCAUGCUCCAGAAGCAUUCUCUCCUGACGUUUUGCCCACAUCUAUGUCAGGAUUGUGAGGUCUGUUGGAAACUAAGCAAGCAGGGUUUAUAUAUCUGUGGAAUAAUGUCCAGGGUGGGAGAUAGUUGUCUCUUUGAGACAAGUGUGAAUGUUGCAGUUGGCCAGCUUGAUUGGCGUUGAAUACUCUUUCAGCUUCAAGGUCUGGCUGCUUCCUGCCGGCGGGAAUCCUUUGUUUGCAGGUGUCAGAGAAGCAAUUGAAAUCCACAAGCAUGUGGACAAUUUCAACAGGAAGGAGGAACGCAUGAAAAUGAACAACAUCUGGCUACCAGUAUUAAAAAAAAAUCUAAAGCCAGGACAGUAAAUAAAGAGCAACACUCAAAAAAUGGAAAUUCCUGACAGGAAACAAUCAGGGCCAGUGAAUCACCUCCCAACAAAGGAUUUCCCCCAGGCAGGAAGCAGCCAGGCUUUGAAACCGCCAGUCUAUUCAAUGCUAAUCAAGGUGGCCAGUGGCAACAUUCACACUUGUGAAUGUACAGUAGAGUCUCACUUAUCCAACAUAAACGGGCCGGCAAAACAUUGGAUAAGCAAAAAUGUUGGAUAAUAAGGAGAGAUUAAGGAAAAGCCUACUAAACAUCGAACUAUGUUAUGAUUUUACAAAUUAAGCACCAAAACAUCAUGUUUUACAACAAAUCGACAGAAAAAGCAGUUCAAUACACAGUAACGUUAUGUAGUAAUUACUGUAUUUACGAAUUUAGCACCAAAAUAUCACAAUGUAUUGAAAACAUUGACUACAAAAAUGCAUUGUAUAAUCCAGAACGUUUGAUAAGAGAGUGUUGGUACUGUAUUUAAAAAACUCUAAAAUCAGGACAUUAAAUAAAGAGCAACACUCAAAAAACGAGAAUCUUAGACAGGAAACAAUCAGGGCCAGUGAAUCAUCUCCCAACAAAUGAAUCCCCUAGGCAGGAAGUAGCCAGGCUUUGAAACAGCAAGUCUAUUCAAUGCUAAUCAAGGCGGCCAGUGACAACAUUCACACUUGUAAAUGUAUUUUUUUUAAAAAUUUGUUUAUUGUGGAAAUUUGGGCUUGGUCCCAUGUUAGCCGCCUCGAGUCCCCUCAGGGAGAUGGAGGCGGGGUAUAAAAAUAAAAUAAUAAUAAUAAUAAUAAUAAUAAUAAUAAUAAUAAUAAUAAUUAUUAUUAUUAUUAUAUUGCCUCCAGCAGACAAGUUAUUUCUCCCACCCUGGACAUUAUUCCACAGAUAUAUAAACCCAAUAGCCUAGUUUUCAACAACCUCCCAACCUCUGAGGAUGCCUGCCAUAGAGGCGGGCGAAAUGUCAGGAGAGCAUGCUUCUCGAACACAUCAGGAGAAAAUGCUUCUGUAACAUAGCCAUACAGCCUGGAAAACUCAUAGCAACCCAAAAUACACUCAGUUUGCGUGUGUGUGGAUGCCUGUGUGUGUGGUUACAAAAGCGUUCCAAAAAACACCCAGAAAACAAUGAAAUUACAAAAUUAGUGGGUACUUUUUAUAAUGUGAUAUUAUUAUUAUUAUUUCUUUUUCCUGGUUCUGUUUCCAUUUAGGAGGAGAGAAAGCAGAUUGCCUUUUCCCCCUUCUUCUUCUUCUCCUUUGGCUCUGUGCAUGUCAUUGCAUGUCUUGCUUUCUUUUCCUUUCUUUUCUUUGGUUUUCUUUUUAAUUAAUAAAUAAAAAUACUGCUCAGAUAUUUAAGCAAAACAAUGAUAAUGAUAUUAAAAAAACUUGUUGCCAAAAGGUUGUGUUUUAUCCAGGUUUGAUGUCUGCAUGUUUUAAGAAAAAAAUAAGGAAACUUAAAAAAAAAUUCUCAGAGAGACAAAAAAUGCAGUCUAAUUUAUGUGAACUGAAAGAAACAAAAAUCAGGUUUAACUACAAAAAAAUAAAAUCUAAGGGAAUGAUAUUUUUGAAAGACUUUUGUAUAAAGUUGAGUACUGGGAAAGGGGUGGGGACGACGACGAUAAACCAGAUGUAAUAUAUUUUGUGGAUGUUUCUAUUUCUUGGAUUUAUAGUACCUUAUACUAAGGUUUAAAAAAAUGCUUGAUAUUGUGAAAAAAAAAGAGGUGAUACUUUUCACACACAUUUCAUUUGCUCAUUUGUCCCAUUGUAAUGCAAAUAUGAUAGUUAAUGCAUACGGCAUUUUCAAGGGGGAAAAAAUCGGAAAAUAUUGAACUGAUGUAUCGUUUGUACCAUUUGCACUGUGAGCAAAUGCUAAUGCAGUAAAUAUAUUGUGUUUGCUGACAAUCAAA